GGGGACGGACCGGGACCGGACGUGUCCCCGCCAUGGCGGCCCCUCGCGGGCACUUCCGGCCGGGGCGAUGCGGCCAUGGCGGUUCCUUCUGCAGCUCCGGCCCGGAGCAGGUCCCGGCGGUGUCACUGUCCCCCGGGCCGGGCUCAAGAAGUUGGUGAUACCCCCGGACUACAGCGGUGUCACCAUCCCGGAGAAGACAAAGCUGAAGUUCAUGGACAAGGUCCCAGCGGUGCCCAAGGUCAAGCGGGAGCCCCGGCAGCUGCGUGACAUCCGCGGGCCGUCCCGGGAGGCCACCGACUUCACCCAGGGCCACUACGGGAUCCUGGCCUUGGGGGGCGGCUACCUCCACUGGGGCCACUUUGAGAUGAUCCGCUUGACCAUCGGCCGCAGCAUGAACCCCAAAACCAUGUUUGCCAUCUGGCGGGUGCCAGCCCCGUACAAACCGGUGACGCGGAAGAGCUUGGGCCACCGCAUGGGAGGUGGCAAAGGCCCCAUCGACCGCUACGUGACGGCGGUGAAGACGGGGCGCUUGGUGGUGGAGAUCGGCGGGCGCUGCGAGUUCGAGGAGGUGAAACCUUUCCUCACGCAAGUGGCCAAAAAACUGCCCUUCCCCGCCGUCCCCAUCAGCCGCGACGGCCUCGAGCAGCUGCGGCGCGAGGAGGAGGAGAAGAAGCUCAACAACCAAAACCCUUGGACUUUCGAGCGCAUCGUCACCGCCAACAUGCUGGGGAUGCGCCGGUACCUCAGCCCCUAUGACCUGAAGUUCCAGGGACGUUACUGGGGGAAAUUCUUCCUAAAACACCGGGUGUAACGAGCAGUGGGGCUGGGAGCUGCGUUAAUUAAACCUCACAAGAACUUGU